AUGCAGAAUGGAGUGAGUACUGUAAAUAACAAUAACAAUAAUAAUAAUAAUAUUCAUAAUCACAACAAUAAUCAUGCAAAGCAGUCAGAAGCGUUUGUGACUGAGAAUAAUGAAGAGCAGUCGAGGAUGGCUCAUCGAAUGCGGUAUUGUAUAUUGAUAUUAACGGCGAUAUGCUUGUCAUCUGUUAUGUCCAAUAUAAUCGUCUUUAAUUUUACGGUGCUUUGUAUGACUAGAAGUAACCGCGAUAGUGAACUUCCUCUCGCCAAUCAGAGUUUGCUCGAUGCCGAACAUGAUGGAUACACUAAGAAUGAAAAGACCGUCAUAUUCAGUUCUGUUGCUAUUGGUGCACUUAUUGCUGCAUUUCCUUCAACCUACGCUAUUCAGACUGGUGGUGUAUCGUUUCAGGCAUACGGUGCGAGAUGGACUUUUUUUGGCGCAGGAAUGUUAACUGCUGUGGCCACUGCUUUCGAACCGUUGGCUGCGUCUCAGGAAACGCUAAAAUUCUUUGUAUUCAUUCGAAUUUUACAGGGAAUGAGUUUUGCGAUGUGUUUACCAAUCGCCGGGAUGGUCACCUCAAACUGGGCAUCCCUCAAACAACACGGCCUUUUCAUGGCCGCUCUCACGUGCUUCGGUCAAAUUUCGGUUGUUAUCUCGAUGCCACUUUCGGGAGAGCUUUGUACAUCACGUUUCGGAUGGCCAGCUGUCUACUAUCUGCAUUCGCUAUUCUCUUUGAUAUCGUUCCUCAUAUGGCUGUUUGUUUAUCGAAAUCAACCUGCGAAACACCCAUUCGUUGACAGUGUUGAGCUGGAGAAGAUCAGUAGAGGGCGUUCAUUGAACGACUUUAGUGCAGUCAGUAGUAAUCGUCAACACGUCAAGCGAACAAUCCCUUACCUCAAGAUUAUAUCAACACCGACCAUAUGGGGCAUUUGGAUUGCUGCGAUUGGUGAUCUGUUUGCCAUUCAGUUGAUCCAUACGUUCAGCCCUCAAUAUAUUCGUGAGAUUCUUGGCUAUUCAGUGCGCAACACUGGUCUCUCAGCUGCGCUACCUGUAUUUUUCCAGUUUCUUGUCAAGAUAUUAGGUGGUCAUAGUAGUGAUAAAAUUCAUUGUAUAUCUGAAACAACAAAACUGCGUUUAUUCAAUUCAAUCGCACUCGGUGUUUCCGCCUUAUUUAUGAUUGCUCUAGCUUUCGUUCCACAAGGAUACCCUAUUACUGGCAUAGUCUUAAUGACGUUGUCAACCUCUAUGUUUGGAUUCAAUGGAGGUGGCUUCAAUAAGGUGAAUUCGUUACUCGUUGACGGAACAAUAACUGAAUGGAGACGGGUGUAUUUAUUGCAUGCAGCAAUUCUUCUGGUAGCGAAUGCCAUAUUUUGCUUAUUGGCCACUGCUAAGCCGGCACCAUGGACCGGUGAAGAGGCUUUGCCGAUUCGAGUUAGAUCUUUGAAUCAAAAAAAUGGAACGAAUAACAACACUGCUACAAACUUUAAUAAAUAUUAA